AUGGGGUUUCGUGAAGUAUUUAUUGAUAGAGGUUGGAGAAUUAUGAGUAAUAAUUGGUAUUCUGUGGUGAUUAAUGGCAAAAGGCAUAGAUUUUUUCAUUCUACAAGGGGUCUUAAGCAGGGAGACCCUCUAUCUCCAGCUCUCUUUAUUAUUGGGGCUGAAGUUCUGUCAAGGAAUCUAAAUUUAGUUCAUCACAAUCAUUUAUAUAGAGGUUUCAGCAUGGAGAAGAAAGGGCCUCAAAUUAAUCAUCUUAGUUUUGCUGAUGAUAUCAUUAUUUUUACGUCCACUGAUAGAAGAUCUUUAAAUCUUAUAAUGAGGAUUAUAGAGGAUUAUGAAAAAGUGUCUGAUCAGAAAGUGAAUAAGGAUAAAAGCUUUUUCAUGGUCACUUCUAAGACUAGCCAAUAUAUUAUUGGUGACAUCAAGUUGGUAACUAGUUUUUGUAUGAAGAACAGUCCUAUACAUUACUUAGGAUGUCCUUUAUACAUUGGUGGACAAAGAAUCAUUUACUUUUCAGAGGUUGUAGAAAAGGUUAUUAAAAGGAUAUCAGGCUGGCAAUCAAAAAUAUUAAAUUAUGGAGGAAAAGUAACUCUAGUGAAACAUGUAUUACAAGCUAUGCCUAUUCACAUACUAGCUGCUAUGUCUCCUCCUAAGACUACACUUAUGUAUAUUAAGAGAGAAAUUGCAGCUUUUUUCUGGGGGGUGGAUAAGGAUGGUAAAAAGUAUCACUGGGCUUCUUGGAAUACUUUGGAUUAUCCAACUAUGGAGGGUGGUAUUGGGGUAAGAUUGUUAGAUGAUGUUUGUAAGGCUUUUCAGUACAAACACUGGUGGGAAUUCAGAACAAAGGGAUCUUUGUGGAGUCAGUUUUUAAAGGCCAAGUAUUGUCAAAGGGCAAAUCCAGUUGCUAAGAAGUAUGACACAGGCAAUGGAGCUAUUGCUAAUUAUUGUGGCAAUAUCUCAAGUUUGAAUAACAGUGUUGUGGCUGAGUUUUUCACAAAUGGUACAUGGAAUGAAGGGUACAUUAGGCAUCAGGUGCAACCUUUAUUGAUUCCUCAUAUUUUGCAAACAACAAUAAACUAUCAAGAAGGAGUGGAAGAUACUGCUAUAUGGAUACCUGAGGAAGAUGGCAAAUUCUCUAUUUCUUCUGCAUGGGAUAUGAUCAGAAAGAAGAAGAAUAUUGAUCCUAUUUAUAAUAUUAUUUGGCAUAAACAGAUUCCAUUUAAAAUUGCCUUCUUUAUUUGGAGAGCAUUACAGGGUAAACUUCAAACUAAUAAAAGUUUACAGAAGUUUGGAAGACCUGCAGAAGAUUGUUAUUGUUGUUAUAAGCAAGGAAAAGAUGACAUUAACCACAUAUUACUUACUGGAAAUUUUGCCAACUUUAUUUGGGAAUAUCAUGCUGCUAAACUAGGUGUAAUUCAGCUACAUACAAAUAUAAGAAGCCAACUCAUGCAUUGGAGGAACCAGACUACAAUCAAUGAGGAAAGUUGUCCAAAACUGAACGCAGAAGGUUGUGGAAGUGAAGUGCAGAUUCGAGCCACGAAGGCCAUCGACGACCUGUUAUAUCACCAACGAACCAUAGGUGGUGAACGUCAAUUGGAGGUUUAUGCAUCUGGAGGUCUAGCUCUUGUGUAUGACAAAAUGAAUGAUCAACAGAAUCUCGCAAAUCUAGGUGAUGGGAUCAACCGUCAACUUCCUCCGCUGGUCGAUGCUCACAACCAAGUGAUUGUGGAAAACCUUGUUGAUGGUGCUUUGAGGUGA